AAGAAAGAAAGAAAGGUGUAAACAGAGUCUUGUCUCUGUGUAUUUUAGUGUUAAUGAUGAGUGAUGAGAUGUGCUGUAAAUCAGUAGGAACUGAUCUGUCCAUGCUGGAUAUUGAUGAUUUCAUCACAGAAAUCUCUCAGCUGAAGAAAGAUGUGGCGUUACUGGAGACAAAGCUGAGGUUAAGAGGAGAUGAAGGACUGAAGAGAGAGGACUCCGAGCUCAGUCUGACUUUACUCUGUUAUACUGAGUCAAAGCCCACAGACGCUCAGGACACUACAGUGUGUGACAGUAAUCAGGGCUUACAGGAUGAGGAAUCUACUGAUCAAACCUCCACAGAGUCUCUGGAUUCUGUCUGGAACGCUGGAGAACAGCAGCAGAUCCUGCAGACCAAACUCAAGAUGUGUUCAGUCAAACUCAUGGACUGCAGGAACGUCAUGAUGAAGAUCAAAACUGAACCCACAGAAACAAAAACUGAACCCACAGAAGAUGAAGAUCAUACUGAUGAAGUUGAUGAUGGCAAUAACUUUUUUCCUUCAGAUGUAAAGAGUGAAUUAUGUUGUGAUGUAGAAAUAACAUCAUCAACAUCCAAAGAGCGUCUGACAGCACAAACUCAAGAGAAGAAACUUCAUUCACAAGAGCACAGAGAGGAGAAUUUGUUGUUUGACUGUCAGCAGUGUGGGAAGAAUUUUGACUUUUUAUCUCAAUUGAAACUUCACAUGAGGACACACAGUGAUGAAAAGCCUUUCCACUGCACUGAAUGUGACAAAUAUUUCAGAACCAAACAAAAUCUUAAAGUUCAUAAGAGAAUUCACAGAGAAGAAAAACCAUACGAGUGUCCUCACUGUAAGAAGAGAUUCAACCACAAACCUUAUCUGAAGAAACAUGUGUUUUUACACACCAAUGAGAGACCGUAUCAGUGCAGUGAAUGUGACAAAGCCUUUAGGGAUUCAAGUUCUUUGAAAUUCCAUAAAAAAAUACACAGUGAGGAGAAACUCUUCCAAUGUUCACACUGUGGUAAACGUUUUCAACAGAAAUCUCAUCUGAUAGUCCAUGAGAGACUUCACACUGGAGAGAAACCUUACGUCUGCUCUCUGUGUGGUAAGAGUUUCUCCGAUCCAUCUCAUUUUAAUAUUCAUAAGAAAGUUCACACUGGAGAGAAACCUCAUCACUGUAGCAUUUGUGGGAUGAGUUUUCAUCAACAUCACAUUUUAGUGAGACACCAGAUAAUUCAUACAGGUGAGAAACCUUACAAAUGCUCUCAGUGUGAGAAGACAUUUGCUCGGUCAGGUUCCUUAAAAAUCCAUCAGAGAGUUCAUACAGGUGAGAAACCUUACCACUGCUCCAUCUGUGAAAAGAGAUUUGCUUAUUCGAAAAGUCUUCAUAAUCACCAGAAGAAACACAGAAGAACAAAGUAGACUUGAAUCAUCUGAGCUUUCUGUUUAUUCAUAAGGGGGUUUAUUGAACUUUCAUGCCGAUUGGAAGCCAAAAACAUUGUGUGUAAUGCAAUGGAUGUAGCUGUGUGUCGCAAGGGAUCUCAGAUUUUGGAAGGAGAACAAAACUGCAAUCAUUCCCGGGUUUCGGACACAAUAUGCCGGAGAGCAUUGCUAGAGUAUGAAUAUAUCGUAUUGCAAUAGGUAGCGUUUAAGUAUUACCAUUAAAUGUAAACUAAAUAACAGAUUUCCAAUCUGUUUCCAAUGUAUGUAAGAUAUUACCUGAUAGUAGAAAGAAAGAAGUUUAGAAAAAAGAGUGUCAGCAUUGAGAACAGGAAGCUUGGCCUAAUGGCCAGAACACCAGAGCUCAGGUAAAGAAGAAAAGCAUAGAGAAUGAGCCAAGAGCAGAGCUCAGUGAGACCUGCCAGAAGAAGAAGAAGAUGAAGUUGAGAGAAAACAAAAGCCCAGAACCUCUGAAAACAUUGCCUUUAUCUUCUAUCCCUUGGUCAUGUGCAUAACCCAACAUGAGACAUUGAGAGCAAAGGAAUGCAAAUGCUUCAGGAUGGAAAUUGGGGUUUUGACAGAGUAAUAAAUCCUACAUUUUUAAUCUUGGUGCUUUUUGCAGAAAACAAAUCAAAAGAUUUUGUAUUAAAGAAAUUAAGUUGAUGAAAUGUUCUAAAAGUUUUUACAUUAUUAACUUCUUAAGAUAAAUCAAAUGAUUGUUUUGUCACUUUUGUAAGUGAGUUUUGAUAAAAGUGUUUUCCAGUUAACAGAAAAGUUCUAAGAACCUUCCUUCAAAUUUCCCAAUAACAUUAAGCCAACAAGUUUUUAUUGUUUGUGUAAAUGUAAGAGUAAUGUUACAUUAUAUCAUAUUCAAACGUUAUGACAAUGUCAUGUUUUCAUGUUCACACAUUGUUUAAAACACCUGUUUUGUAUAUUUAAAAAAUAUAUUUCCUUGUUAUGUAAAUGACAGAGAAACAUUUAUUCUAUUAUUUUAAAACUGUUAUAAAACAUUAUAUUGAAUACUCUGUAAAAUAUUUCUGUAGAAAACACAAUUUACUGAUUAGGUUUAGAUGUUGAUGUUUUAUUCAAAGGUACCAUUAUGGUGAUCAGUGUUUGUUUUAG